AUGUGCCACGAGCUAAACUAUGGAUUUCUAGACUGCAUUGACCAACGACGAAAUGAAUACUUGAUGGAUCUUUUUAUUCUUAUCGAGGAACGCAUCUCGAACCUUACAAACCAGCAAAAUUGUCGCAUUUUUGACUGCGAUGCACUGCAGUUGGGAAUUCUGCAGAAGAAAAUGGCACAGGAUGGGAUUCCUCGACAAAGAGAUAUUAUUGAUUCAUUUUUGGGGCAUAGUCCGGUCUCUGCCAGCACCACCCUCCGGAAGUACCAUUCUAUCCUGCGCAAAAUACCCUGCGAAAUGAGCCCCAUACAUGCAUACAUCGACAAUUGCCCAAACUGCGCCGAGGGUGUUGGGCCUGUGGGAGUUUCCCAGCUUGGCUCGGGACAGCCUAAAUGA